GGGGUGAGUUCUGUGUUGGCAGGACAGUGAGGUGGGUGGUCUUCCACUCUUCAGAGGUACCCAGGCUGCAGGAGGCAGAGAGAGCUGUGUUCUCACCAACAGGCAGCCGCUUCUGCUUCUGUUGGUGAACCUCCGCUGUCAAGCCCCCAGGUGUCAGCUCCCUCUCUCGGGGUUACACACAAUAGCCAAGCUCUCAGAAACCAGUUGUCCAAAAUGCCAGUCUCUUUAUUUGCAACUUAAAAUGUGACCUCCAAGUGGUACUUCCUGUGGGCAGCUCUUAGGACAGACGGGAGCAGCAAGCUGCUAGAUCUGCUUGCAUCUGUGUGUGUGUGUGUGUGUUAGUGUCAGUUUGAUGCAGGACUGGCCAUGAUGCCUGUUUCAGAUGCCUGGGGGAGUUGGCAGGGGGUAGGAGGCCGCCCACUGUCACCUCUGCAAACCCCCUGUGCAUUACUGGUCAUGAGGACUAGGAAGCUGUGUCUGUGCCGAGGAGGUCCUCACCCCUGGUGGGAAGGCCAGGGGAUGCGGUUGCUGCUCUCAUUGUCUUCCUCCUGGGAGACCUGAGACUGUCCCAGUGCCACUCUGUGCCUUUCUUUCAGACUUCCUACACUGAACACUGUGUACUGCAUGAAUGAAGCUGAAAUAGUGGAUGUUGCUCUGGGGAUCCUGAUUGAGGCCCAAAAACAGGAAGCACCCUUGGAGCAGCUGUUUCUGGUAGGCGCCGAUAAGCCAGAGCCCCCCGCAGCCCGCUCAGCCUCCCAGAGUUCUCCUGGGAGCAGAAGUGAGGACGAGAACAAUGGUAAAGCUGCCCUUUCCCCAGGCCUCGGCCGCGCUGUGGCUUCUGACUCUGUCUGCAGCAGAAGCCCUGAGGAGGAUGAGGACGUGUUAAAAUACGUGAAGGAGAUAUUUUUUAGCUAAGAGACAAACUUCCCAGGACUUUCUUCCCAGAGCAGCUGAAGGAAGCUGGGCUUGCCCUCCCUGUCUGAGGGCUGCCCCCAGCUCCAUGUCUCCUUGGGCUGGACAGAUUCAGCCUGGAACAGAAGCCAAGAACGCCCCAGGCCUGGGAGCUGAUAAGCUUGGGUGUUUAGUGUGCUUAAGCGAGGAAUCAAAAUGAGCUUCCUUCAGAAUUCCUCCCUGCACUGUGUCCCCUUCCUGCAUAGGGGGUCCAGCAUCCAGUAUUCUGCUUUAGCCAGUUACCAGGUUUCAGGGAAAAUGAGGUCAUCGUAGUCAAACUUACUGGAACCAAAGUAUCAACUUAGUCAUUUUCAGAAAGAAAAAUCUGGCUGCUAAGUCCACUGGAAUUCCUACAGUUUGAUCAGCAUGAUCUCUCCCUAGAGAGGAAGCCUAUGUUUAAAAUCGUUUCCAUCACUCAUCCAGCCCUGAAGCAGACAAACAGCCCACAGUGCAAAUCUCCC